AUGCAGUAUGAGAAUGGCAAUAGUAUGAGUUAUGCUGGCUUCCUCACGGCCAUUGCAGGCUUCUUAAGGGCCUGCUUGAGGUGGCGUGGCAGCGUGUUCAAGUUAAUAUGGCCGGACCUGAUCGUCUACCUGGUGCUCUAUGGCGUCGUGUCCCUCGUCUACAGGUUCGCCCUUAAUGAGGACCAGAAGAGAAUCUUCGAGAAAAUGGCCUUAUCCUGCGAAUACUUCCGGAACGUCUUCCCGAUCUCGUUCGUCCUCGGCUUCUACGUGACGAUCGUGGUCCAGCGCUGGUGGGCUCAGUACAUGCUCAUCCCCUGGCCAGACACCAUCUGCCUCCUCGCCAACACCUAUAUCCAGGGACAGGACGACCGAGCCAGAAUGAUAAGGAAGAAUUUCGCUCGCUACAUCAACCUCGCCUUCGCCCUCUCCUUCUCCAGGAUCUCGCCUCGAGUGGCUCGUCGGUUCCCCACGUAUCAGCAUUUCAUUGAGGCAGGCUACAUGACUCAGGGCGAGAAAGCGAUCUUCGAAAUGAUGGACGAACAGACGAAGCACCACAAGAUCUGGAUGCCGCUCUCGUGGGCGUGUCAGCUGACGGUGCGAGCGAGGCAGGAGGGGCGUGUCCCUGAUGACUACGGGCAGGAGGCGAUCGUUCAUGAGGUGACCAACUUACGAUACAACUGUGGGAAGCUUCAAGAGUACCAUCAUAUGAGUGUUCCUCUUGUGUACACGCAGGUGGUGACCAUGGCUACGUAUUCCUACUUCGGCUUCGCGAUCCUCGGCCGGCAGUUCCUAGACACCUCCCAGGGCUACGAGAAGCACAAGAUCGACUUCUACGUCCCGAUCUUCACACUACUGCAGUUCAUCUUCUACGUCGGUUGGCUCAAGGUGGCCGAGUCGCUUCUCAACCCUUUCGGAGACGAUGACGAUGACUUCGAUACGUGCGACUUCCUCGAUCGCCAUUUCGAGGUAUCCUACAUGAUCGUGGACGUCAUGCACAAGUCGUACCCUGAGACCCUGAACAAUUACUGGGACAACAGCUCCUUCCAACUAGCCACCGUGUCCAGCGCCUGUGACCACCAAGGUUACAAGAACAGUUCCCACAGCAAGAAGUCCCAGAACUCGCAGAAGAAUAACAAGCAGGAGAAAUUGUCACCGGUGAUUAAGUAUUACAUGGAGUCGCCUGGCACGCCGUCACCCCGAGGCCUCCAGUCCCCGUCCGCCGCUACGCCACGCACCAGAGAAACUCGCGUUCCGGAGCAAUUUGCAGUAGAGCUUUGGAAUUCUCGUCCUGCGCACCACAACAUGUAUAACACGCACUGAAAACAGUAUAAUGG